AUGUUUGACGAUUACGAUCGAUUGCUCGAUUUGGCGUUGAAUGUGCGAAAAAGAAGCCCCGAUAGCCCGGAACAACAGGAAAUUCGAGAGUACAGUCAGUUGGUGGCAGCUUCAUGUGCUCAAACGAUUCCACGAGAUCCAUUGGAUUGUGGCUCAUCAUCGGGUUAUGGAUCACCUGGUGGCACCCCGCUCGCUUCACCUCAAUCACAAACACCCGUGACGGGUAGUGUGGGAUUGUUGCCGAUUCAUGUACAGCGAGCUUUUCGAGAUGCUGGAUAUCCGGUUGAGCUCAUUGAAGCCACCACAAAUAUAAAUGCACCAAAUAUCGCGCCAGCAAUCUCGCCGAUUCCCGCUAUGCCACCAGAGAAGAAGAAGAUAAUCGAUGAUCCAAAUGCUCCCGCUCCUCAUGAUGAUGGUCUCUCAAUGGACGAUAUACGAGAUUUCGAGCUUUUAUUGUGCUCACCAAAGAAAGCUCCACCCAACAAAUAUCAAUGUCAUAUUUGUUAUCAAACUGGUCAUUAUAUAUCCGAUUGUCCACAGCGCUUCAACGGUGCCUAUGAUGAGUUGACACCGUAUCAAGGACGAAAGAAAUGUUACGGAGAAUUUCAAUGUCAACAGUGUAAAAGAAAAUGGACUUCACAAAACUCAGUGGCAAAUGAGGCGCAAUCUUGUAUCAAAUGUCACGUUGCCGUUUUCCCGCAUAAACAGCUUCCCGUCGAGAAAGCGGUUUCCCUUGGAUUGAUCAAAGCGCAAAAAGCUCUUCCAUCAAAGAUAGCCCCAAUCGGACACGGUCGGCCACCGACUGCACCAAGAAAA